UUUGUGUAGUUUGACAAGCCCAGUCAUUCGAAAAAGAAGAAGUGAAAAUUUGCCAUCGCGUUUGCUUGUUUUCUAUUAGUAGGAGAUAUUAAACCAUAAGUAAUACUGUAUUCGAUAAACAAUGGACACAUAACGGAAUCCAGUACACAAAUAAAACAAACUAUUUAUGAUUCCGUUUUAGCGAAGCAAGGCUUCAGGUUUUUCAGAUUGUUUAUCUAUCUGAUCUUUACUCACAAGCUGAGCCCAAGACUAUACUGACUGGGUCCUGACUGACAACAUCACUGGGCACCGCAGGAGAAAUGGCAUCAGUGAAAGACAGCAGUCAAACACUCCUGUUGAAUAUCAUCACGAAAGAUAAAGAGGAGGAAGUGAAGAUUUGGGAAUGUGAUGAUUAUCCAGGAGAGAGUCCAGACAUGGCCUCUGUAGAGCUGGCAGGCAGCAGUCAAACACUGGGGCUGAAUGUCACCAUUAAUGAAGAGCAGAAGGAAGACAUUGAGGAAUCUGCUGAUCAUGGAGAGACCUCUAACUCCUCUGAGCAAGUGGAGACAUUUCCUGCAUCUGGGAAGAAACAUCAGGAAGGGACCAAAACUAAGAGGUCUCGCCACUGUCCUCACUGUGAGGAGAGCUUCCCAUUCCCAUCAUAUCUUGAAAGACACCUUCGAAAACAUUCUGGAGAGAAGCCUUAUUCCUGCUCUGUUUGUGGGAGGAGUUUUUCCCAACUGAGUGGGUUGAACGUGCACCAGCGAACACACACUGGAGAGAAGCCUCACCGUUGUCCUCACUGUGAGGAGAGUUUCCCAUUUCCAUCAUAUCUUGAAAGACACCUGCGAAAACAUUCUGGAGAGAAGCCUUAUUCCUGCUCUGACUGUGGGAUGAGUUUUUCUCAACUGAGUGGCUUGAACGUGCACCAGCGAACACACACUGGAGAGAAGCCUCACCACUGUCCUCACUGUGAGAAGAGUUUCCCAUUCCUAUCAUAUCUUGAAAGACACCUGCGAAAACAUUCUGGAGAGAAGCCUUACUGCUGCUCUGACUGUGGGAAAUGUUUCACAACAUCAAGUCAUUUAACCUCCCAUCGCAGAGUUCACACAGGGGAGAAGCCUUACUCCUGCUCUGACUGUGGGAAGAGUUUCCCAUUUCCAUCAUAUCUUGAACGACACCUGCGGAAACAUGCUAACCAUUGUGUUAUAUGAAGGUCAUGUGGUGGCAACCAGCACUGAACAAUACAUUUUUGGCCAGCAGUCAACCCAGCCGGUCGGCAGUCAACCCAGCCGGUCGGCAGUCAACCCAGCCGGCCAAACCAUCCACUGUUGUUCACUGGAAUCGUCGUUAAGUCGAAGAGGAAUCGGUUCAAGGAGUGAAGUCAGGAUAGAUGAUCCUUUCCUCCAAAACAUAUGAAUCCCACAUCAUCUGUUUUGUAUGUGCCAAGUCUAUUGAGGGGGGCACAGGUCACAGGUUAGGCUUAAAGCCUGUUUUAUAUGUGCCAAGUCUAUUGAGGGGGGCACAGGUUACAGGUUAGGCUUAAAGCCUGUUUUGUAUGAAUUAUUAUAAGUGGUUUCCAGCACAACCUAUGACAAAGCUUACAAUGAAUGAAUUGAUGGUUUGGCUUCUUUGAUCAGUGAAAUGAUCUUCUCCCAGACAUUCUCCUAGUCAAUAGCAUCAUCAUCAUCAUCAUCAUCAUCAUCAGACAAAUACUUUACCUAUGAUUUAACCAUUUGGAAGAUAUUUUUGCUUUAGUAAUUGAAGAUGGAAAAUAAAUAGCAGACAACAAACCUCUGAACAAAUUUGUGUAAGUCGCUCUGGAUAAGAGCGUCUGCUAAAUGACUUAAAUGUAAAUGUAAAUGUACCCAAAGGGACACCAUAGGCACAAAGUGCAGACUAGACUAAGAUAGAGACAAUGUUCCUGGAAACUAGGGAGACCCUCUGAGUUAAAUAUAUCUCCUAGGUUUUUGAUGCCUUUUUCACACCAGGCUUUUGGCUCAAAUGGUUUAUUACCUGAAAGUAAUAGCCUUGUUAUGCCAUAGAGGGUUAUUAGAGAUGCCACAUCCAGUCACCACCUGGAAGUGGACAGAUCCAAUACAGAUCCAUGUAAAUGUAACUGGUGCCAUAGACUCUGUCUGGAAGGAAUGGGAUGCGUGUGCUAACGAACGGCAGUAGGUCUGGUGUUUUCGUCAUAAUUUCGCAGAGGUUAGCGUCUUCUGAGAUUAGAGAGAGAGAGAGAGGGGGAGAGAGAGAAGCUUCUCAUUUUCUAGAAUCUCUUCAUCCCUUUCUCUUAACAUAUGGACGUAGAAUUGUAAUCGUGCAGCUGACCAUUUACACAACACUUUAGUUCUGGAUUAACCAACUAUACCAUUUACACAACACUUUAGUUCUGGAUUAACCAACUAUACCAUUUACACAACACUUUAGUUCUGGAUUAACCAACUAUACCAUUUACACAACACUUUAGUUCUGGAUUAACCAACUAUACCAUUUACACAACACUUUAGUUCUGGAUUAACCAACUAUACCAUUUACACAACACUUUAGUUCUGGAUUAACCAACUAUACCAUUUACACAACACUUUAGUUCUGGAUUAACCAA